CUCAGAGUUAUUAUUUUUCUCUGCUACUACUGAAUAGCAAAAGGAAACAUGGUUUUGGGGUAUUCAUUAAACCGGGGGACCACACCCAGUCUGUGUAGGGGAGUGGGGAGGAAUCUUGAGAAGCUGGGAGAGGGGAGCAGAGGCAGUUUGAUUUACUUUGUUUUCUUCCGUGUGUUCUUUGUCCUUCCUAGAAGACUAACUAGCUCAUCGCAGAAAUUAAACUCUAUGUUCAAAGAUGGGAUGUAAUACUGUUUUAAACCUGAAAUACUUGUUGAUACAAAUAACAUUGAAUGCCUUAUUCCUGGUUGACAUGGAGUGGUGAGAAAGAGCUUGUUGGGAAAUGUACAUCUUUAGAAGAUGUGGAGAGAAGUUUUGCAUUUAAACGUGGGGUUUUUUUCUAAUGAACCUAAUGUCCUCGAUGACUCCCCGAGCCUGGCCACUGAGGGCAGCCUCUCUAGGGUGGGAAGUGUGCAGAGCGAGCCAGGACAACAGAACCUCCUUCUGCAGCAGCCCCUGGGGCGGAAGAGAGGCCUACGGCAGCUUCGACGACCACUGCUGUCACGUCAGAAAACUCAAACUGAACCUCGGAGCCGUCACGGAGCUCGACUUUCAACCACGCGACGGAGCAUCCAGCCAAAGCCAAAACCUUGUGUGGAGCAGAAGCGGUCGGUGACAUUCACGGAAGUCCAGCCUGAGGCACCCCCAACCUGUGCUGUGGACCCGCCGGUACAGCAGCCGGGCUGCAGCCGCAGCAGCCCCCAGGCCACCAGCCAGCAGGAGCCCCUCAGCAAACCUGUGCUGACUUCCUCACCUGCCACCGUUGUAGCUGAUCUCCACAGCCAGAGCGAGGCACUCUCUGCUGAGAAGGAGAAGGAAAAAGAGGAGGGCUUGGAGUCCUGGCCAACAACAGCACAGAGCACCCCACCCACCCAGCUCUCUGACACCGAGGACUACAGUGGCCUCGAGACCACCAGCUUGCUGCAGCAUGGGGACACUGUCCUGCACAUCAGUGAGGACAACGGGAUGGAAAAUCCUUUGCUGGCCACUCACUUCAGCUUCACACAUGUGGAGCUCGGGGAGACGGAUGUCGAUCUAGAUGAAUCUCAUGUUUAACUCUUGGGGAAGUACAGUAGUGGGAAGAGGAAGGAAACGUGUACCUUUCCUUAGAGUUCCCUGCUAAAUAGUAACUAAUUAAAACAAGAGCACUUUAUGAUCCAAAAGCAGGAAAUAGCUAUCAGCCAGUUGCUCUAUAUAGACUGGCAAAUUUCUGUUUGUGAGAUCUAUUUCAGUUCAGGGCAGGGCCACAGGAACUGAGAAUUUGUACAGAAUUCUCAGGAGAGGGGUGUGUAGGCAAACGUGGUCCCUAGAGCCCUUAUCUGACAGCCAUCUACUGUGAUCAGCAGCCUCACUGGGUAAUGGACUGUUGGACUGUGCGAGACAGAGAACUCUCUUCUGAGACUGUGCCCAAGAUUUAAUUUUGUAGUGUUUUGGAGAGGACAGCUAUGUAGCUAAAUCCAAGGCUCUUAAACCUUGAAAACAGUGAAAACACUGACAGAAAGUACCAAUCUAAAGCUUGAUUUUCUCAAGCCUGGGACCAUUGUUUCUAACUUGCAGAGCAAUGAUAAGCACCAUAAAGCAAGUAGACUUUUUUUUUUUUGGCACUGCAGACUUCAGUUGAGUUUACUUUUGUAUGUUAGCUCCAUUCCACUCUGUAAAAUACUGCUCUUGUGCUACAGAAAUAUUUGCUCUGUAAAACUAAAUACAGUAAGCAGGAAUGCAUGUGCUAUGCACAGACACAGAUGGGCAGGGGCUGAGUGGUCUGCAGGUGGUACAAAUAGCCCACACUGUCCUGCUUUAAUGUACUGAGCUAUUCAUCUCCGCAGCUUAAAAAAACCCCUGAGAAACCACAUCCGGAAUGGGUGGACCCAAGCAACUGCUCCACUGAUGUCACUGGAUGUACUUAGAGGGAUUUAAAGUAAAUAUUUAUAUACGGUAUUUUUGUGUUCCUAUAUAUAUAAAUACAUAUGUACAUUGUAAACAAAAGAUGGAUAUUGCAGGGCAGAAACUUGAUGAAAUCUAUUUUUGGCAUGCUGAGAUUGUAUUUAAAAGCUUCCAUUUUAUGUAUAUAAUGUUCAUGGCUGCAAGUAUUAGAUAAAUGUAUGUAACACAGAAGGUGAAGGUCCCUGGAGAGGGAUCAGCUGAAGUCACAGCUGAGUUACAGGUUUUGCUGCAGCGUCAUGGAAUUACACUGAAAUGGGAAUUUAGCCAUUAGCUGCUGAUGGGCAAACUGCAAAACAGCUGUGAAAC